UAGAGAACAAAGAGAAGAAAAUUCUCUUUUAUUUCCUAAAGUCUGGAUGAAAUACCAACAGCUAUUUUGUUUUCUGGGAACAGAAAAAUUGCAAAAAUGACAAGGAUCUCAGUGUCUGGGAUCCUUGUUGCUUUCAUCUUCACCUUCUGCACCAGUGCAGGACAGGAAAUAGGCAACACCUUUACGGAGAAAGGUCUUUCCUUGCUGGGCUAUCAUUUAUGCAAUUAUAGUGUGACCAAGCAUGUGUCUAAAAUGGUUGCCUAUGAGAAGUCAUAUGAGAAGCAAAUUCCAUGUGGUGGAUGGAUUCCUUGGAGAGUUUGUACCAAAACCUAUUACAAAGAAGAGUAUCAUGCUAUCACAGUCCCAGAAUCUAUGAACGUUACAGACUGCUGUGAAGGCUAUGAACAAGUUGGUCUCUAUUGUUCUUUACCUCUAAACAGAUCCAGUGAAUUUGCCUCAACACUUGGUGCAUGCCCACAGGAAUUGGAAGAGUUAAAUGUUUCCUGUACUAUUGAUAAGGAUUGUCCAGAACGUCAAAAAUGUUGUGAGACAUCUAAAGGAAUGGGUUGUUCAGAGCCUGUACCUGAAGAGCAAACUGUGACAAAGUACUGGUAUAAAGUGUCAGUCCUGGUGAAAAUGGAUUUCAAGGAAUUAGUGAGAAUGGAUCCAAGACUUCAGGAACAUUCACGCCUUUUGCACUCUAUGAUUACUGGAGCAUUGUGGCCCUUAAAUGUCUCCAUGUACCAUAUCCAGACUGCACAAGCAGAACCCUAUACUGAGACGUUAACAUCUCAGGUCCUGAUUAGCUUACAACAGCUUGUUCCGCUGGUGAACCUAUCAUCUCUGUUAAAGGACAUUGUGAUGCGAGUGUAUGAAGUUAUUGACAUAGAUGUGCAAGUCUUAGAUUCACCAAAUAUUCUGUUUAAAACCAACAGUACUUCUGCUCUAGUGAUAAAUUCAACAUGUGCAUCACAAAAACCUGGCAGAUCAAUAGAUUCUGAAUGCUAUCCCUCAAGCAUUAAGGAACACAGGAUCUUCAAUGUUACUCACCACAGUUUUGAAGUAUCUUGGAACGUAGAGCCUUUGCUGAACCAUACAUUCCAAGUAGAAGUGUACAAAGGCAAGAUGUUGAUUCAAGGAAUGGAAACCACCAAUAUGACAAUGGAUGUUUUUGAACUGGAAGCUGGCAGGAUGUACACUGUGAAGAUCAGCUAUGAAGCUUGUGACAAAAACAUUGUAUCACAUAGAAAUGUGAAGACUGAUGCCUUGAUAUUUGGUAUUACAGUAAGGAUCCUGAACUAUAACUUCACAGAGCAAUUGUUAAACACCAGCACCAAAGAAUAUCAGGAAUUUUUCAGCAUUUUGUUGACAGAGAUUGAAAAAUCAUUUCCUACAAAUAUGUUUGAAUUGUACAAGAUGGGAAAAUUGAAAGUGCAAAUGGAUUCUAUUAAAACUGGAAGUAUUAUUGUGAAGUUGAAAGUGGUAAUAGAAGAUCCACAGUUUCCAAAAAACUUGUCUGCAUUUGACCCGAUGCUUUCAUCACUGCACAAAAGUUCUGUGCUUCAUGUUGACCCGCGGAGUUCUAUAGUGGAAGACUGGGAUGAAUGUACACAAAUGGCAGAAAAUGACUGCUGUGUUUUUGCAGAAUGUAUCAAUACAAUAGGCUCAUAUAUGUGCAGAUGCAGAACAACAACAGAUGUGAAUCCCUCCCGACCUGGGAGGAACUGUGAAGGUGAGAUUGUAGAUCCUGUUACAGAAAGAAUACAUGAAUCUAAAGAACUGCCUGUGACAAGUGCUGGUUCUCUGUAUAAGCAAGAAAUAUGGACUUCUAAACACCAUGAGGCAGUGGCUUUGCCUAUUGUACUACCAUCAAGUGACACUCAAGAGUCAAACACAUCUACAACAGACCAAAUGGAACCAGCAUCUCAGAGUGUCAGCACUUCUAGGUCUAUCAGCAAUAAUAAUACUCUGAGCUUCUCUGAAACACCACCUCAGGUUGCAGAACAGUGGGCCAGCAUGACUAUCCCAACUACUCAAGCUCAGCAUGGGUCUUCUUUGUCAAUAUUUCCCACAGUAUCAAACAGCACACCUUAUGCUCAUGAAAAUGGGUCACUAGGAAAAGCAAACAUGUCUGAUCUCUUACCUGAAGGAAUUACUUGGGAAGUUCCAACUUCAGCCCCGUAUGUUACAGAACAGCCCAUGCUUCUGAAUCAGACAGUCCAUGAGAAAAUGGGAACAGGCAACAUCUCCUCAUCAGAGAACAAAUCACACUCAUUGUCAGCUUCUUCUGAUGAGCAGUUACCAUCUUCUACCACAGCUGCCUCCUCACCCACAAACUGCAAUGUUCUUCUUCCAGUUGAAAGGAUUUUUUUCCCCAAUGUAACCAGUACUGGUUUUCACAUUGUCUGGACUACAAAUUAUGUUCCAAAUCCUUCUUUCCUAUUUCUGCUGUUUGAUGGAGAAAAACUUAUCCAAGAGGUUAAGACCCAGAACUGCACCCUGAUUGUUUCUGGACUGGAACCUGGGGUCCUGUAUACUGUUAAAAUCAAGGCAGAGGUUUGUGAAAAGAACAGUAAACCAGCAUGGCAGACAAUAAGGACAGCUGCCCAAAAAUUUAGUGGAACUGUCAGGAUAACAAAUCUGAACUAUAGUUCAGAGUUCACUAAUUCAAGUAGUGAAGAGUACCAAAAUUUUACACAGCUGUUUUUCACUGAGGUCCGUAACCAUCUGCCCCUUUAUAUUGUUCAACAAAUGGAUACUGGCACAAUUAAAUUGUUGAUAACAAGUAUUUCGAAUGGAAGUAUAGUGGUAAACUUUGAUUUACUGGUAGCAACAGACAUGGAUGCAGACAAUGUUUCUAGAUCUUUUUUCGAUGCUUUUCAACAGAGCCCCUGUUUUAAAAUUGACAACAGCAGCUUAUCCAUACAUGAUUAUGAUGAGUGUGACAGAGAAGAAACAGAUUGCUCUCCUAAUGCAUCUUGCAGUAACACUUAUGGAUCUUAUGAAUGCCACUGCAAAGAAGGAUUUUCCAGUGUUAAUACAGAGAGACCUGGGAGAAACUGUGAAGAUAUUCACAGAAAACACUGGAACAGCACAGUUAUGCCUUGGAUAUAUUCAAAUACAUCUAUCAAUAUGCCUUCACAGGCUAAAGAGGAUUCUUCCAGAAUCUCAACAAAUACAACCACUGGUGUAGCAGUUACUAAAGUACCACCACAGCCAAUGCUGAUUAACCAAACUUCAACCCAAGUCUCUUCCUUACCUUUCACUAAAUCUGGCCUAGAAAUUCCCAUUAAGGAUGCAGUUCGAGUGAUAUGUGAUAUUGAAAAAGUGGUCAUCACCAUUUGGAAACUCUUUCUGCAACAGGAAGCUAUCCCAGAAUCUUCUCUGUACCUGGGAGAGCCUCACUGCAAUGUAAGCACCAGAAAUUCCAGUCAUGUCACCCUUCGGACUGGAUGGAAUGAAUGUGGAACUGAAGUAAACUCUAAUACAACACACACCAUAGUGAAAACAGUUCUCCGGAAUGAUAUGCCUUCCCUGGGGAUCAUUCAUCACUUCAAGAUUGUUAGUCCAGUUCAUUGUGUAUUUCAGAACGACCUCUUGACUUCAUCUGGAUACACUCCAGAGGGGGUUUAUACUAUUUUUCAAGAUUUACAUGGAUCGGGGCACUUCUUAACAGAGAUGCAGCUCUUCAUUGGAAAUUCUCCAAUUCCCGAAAACUUCAGCAUUUCUGCUAGUGAUGACAUAAUGAUUGAGGUGGGAAUUCAGAAAAAGGACAGCAGGCUCAAGGUGGUUGUCAGUGAAUGCUGGGCAACUCCAACUAAUAACUCAAGGGAUCUUAUAUCAUUUCCUUUUAUCCAUGGCAGUUGUCCAGUUUCAAAGACUCACACUGCUAUUACUGCAAAUGGGAUCUCUAGCAAAGCCCAAUUUAAGCUGAAAAUCUUUUCCUUUGUCAACAACUCUGUGGUUUACUUACACUGCAAAAUCCAUAUUUGUGUGGAAAAUCUGGGAAGCACUUGCAAGACGAACUGCAAAGGUGUCCGUUCUUGGAGGACUGGGGAAACUAUUCCAAUGCCCCCUGCAUCAUGGGGGCCUCUGCGCAGAUCCAGCGAAGAUUCAAAUGAAGAAAAGAAAUCUGGCUUAGGAGUAGGAUACAUAGUCCUUAUUGUCAUUGGUGUAUUUGUUCUUGCACUGGGAAUAGCAGGUCUUUUGGUUUUCCGUUUCCAACAAAAGGCUGGGGCAUACAACUUCCAAAUCAAGUCCGACAAUUUUAGCUACCAAGUGUUCUAUCAGUGAAUACUUCCGUUGCAUUGCAUUUGGAGACAUUCUACACACAUCAUUUCCUGUGUACAAUGCCAGGCAUGUUACAUCCAACAAAAGCUGACUCCAAGCAGAUGGCAUAUUCCCUGGUCUCAUCACAAGUCUUCUAACUUCUUCUGACCUUGCUUUGCAAGGGGAAGCCUCCUCCCCAUUUCAGAUUUUGGAUUGCACCUUCCCUAUUGAUAUCUCUUGCUCUUGAAAAGUAGAACACUGUCAUAAUUUUAGUAAGGGGAUGACUCGGGUAGGUGCAAACACUUUCAUUAUAGUUUCCCAUUCAGUUAUUUAAUUGAUGAAUUGUACUAUUCCCAGACUGCUGCAAAGACCUAAUUUUACAAGAAAAAUCUACUGGGUGAGUGACGUGAAGGCUGGAAAAGAAAAGCACUUUGAAGCUGUUAUUUAAAAUUAGUUCCAAGUGUUUCCAGAUGGGCUUUGAAAAAACAAUUUAAGAUUUUAAAAGGCAAAUAUCUUGUUUAAAUUCUUGUUUAAAUUCUUACUUAAAUCCUCAUGAUCCUAAGUCUCACCUGAUGGCAAAGCUCACAGUAUCAAGUGUUUGUGAUGUCAGAAGAAAAAGAGGCUAUGUGGCUAUAGCCUGUCUUACUAGAGCAGGCAGACAUAACAUGUAUAACAAACCAUGCUUUGGCUGCUAAUUUCACAUGAAAAUAACUAAAAGGUAAGAGUUCGGUUAUUCCAAAACACAAAGCAGAAAACAAAUUCCCUUUUGAUUAUAUGCCUAUGCUUAUAGCCUUCUCCAAAGACAAUAUAUUGAAAGUUCUUCACUGUCAGAAAUCUGUUAUGCUUACAUCCUUGGCUCAUGCCAUCUUAGGUCUCCACUGCCUGUACCUGCCACAUACCUGUCAGCAGAUUAAACUCUCCGAUCAGUUCAUCUGCUUGCUUGAAAAAGCCUUACCAGCUGGUUCUCUGUUUGUCUAGGUAGAGGGGCCCUGCUAAGCAAAACCUGAACCUUUAGCAUAGGAAUUUGAAAAUUUAAUCAUACCUGAUUGCACUUCAGUGUGUUUAAAGUGAGAUGAUGCAAAUAUUUUUGAAUGUCAUUAGGACCAUAUAAGGUUGUAUAUAAUAUAAAAGGGACAGACAGCAUUUAUCUCUGGUUUAUGUUGUAGCUGUACCUGACCCUUAACAUGAAUGCAACUAUUUGGUAAAAAUUACACCUGUAAUAAUAAAAAAGGAUUAAGAGCCUGAUCUUCCCUCCUCACUUUUUAGGAGUUGCUAUAUUUUUGGUACAUUUUGCGUACAGCUUCAUUUUGAAGAUCACAGAUUGUUCAGGGUGCACAUAGGAAAAGAGGAACUAUUUUUAGAGAUUGUAGUUUGAGCUGUUAUACUGCAAUAUAAGCUAUUUAAGACAAGCAUGCAUUUGAAGUCAGUUGGACUGGAGGCCACAUCAUAUAUGACACCGUCACAUGAAGGCAGCCAAAAACCACUUCUACAUCACGGUGCUCUGUGCAGAGAUGUAACAUGUGAGUUGGCUCUAACUGGAUUGUUUUGUAUGUGGAUCAUAUUGUUAAUGUGAUCCUGGUGAGCCAUGCUAACUGAAGGAUAUCAGAAGAGAGCAGCUGUAAAUGAAAGUGAGAAAUUUGCAUUUGACAUUUGCUCGGUAAAAUCAUAUAACUGAAUUAGAUGCUUGUCAAUAUUACUAGCUUGUUUGCUGACUUAAUAAAGACAAUUUCUAAGCUUGUA